UUCGUCAUCAGCUCCAGGUUAUCUCGUAGCUUUAUGGUGGGAUUUAAUGUCUGUUGUACUUUUGGAUAUCUCACUACCUAACACUCCGACUUGAUAUUGAAUAUCAGUACAAGUAGGCGACGCUUUGUAAAGUCAGUAAUACCUACUGCUAACAAGACAGCUAGUUAUGUUAGGUCUUGAGUCACUGACUCCCUAUACAUCAGAAGAGUAGCCUUGCACUAAUUGUCAGCUGCUCGGGGUUCCCUGUGUCCCCUCCUUAAGCGUUGGAAUGGGCAGUCAUUUCCGCAGCUACAUCUGGGACCCGGUCCUCAUCUUGUCCCAGAUUGUGUUGAUGCAAUGCAUCUACUACAGCUUUCUGGGUCUGUGGCUGGCUGGAGUGGAUAGUCUCGUACAAACCAACAGAUCGCUGGACCAGAUCUUCAGUUAUGAGGUUCUUGGUUUUGCAACAAUGCAGGGCAGACUCUCAAUGAUGGCAUUCAUCUUGAACUCGCUUACCUGUGCCCUGGGCCUGUGGUUCUUCAUCCGCCGAGGGAAGCAGUGUCUGGACUUCACCGUCACUGUGCACUUCUUCCACAUGAUAGGCUGUUGGAUUUACAACGCCCACUUCCCUGCGGCCCUGUCCUGGUGGCUGGUCAACGUGGCCUGCAUGGCUCUGAUGGCUGUGAUUGGAGAGUACCUGUGCAUGCGGACGGAGCUCAGGGCCAUCCCAGUCAACAGUGGACCUAAGUCUAACCUCUGACCUGACCCAACUCUGUGACACUGACUUACUCCCUGUGAAUUGUUCACCUACAGUUAUCUGUACAGUAUGAUGUGGGGUAUGACAUUUGUGCCCAAAGACUUGGUGGGACUGGGAAGUGAGCUGCAGUAACACAGUAGUUGUAUCUAGAGACAGAGAUGCUCAGAGUUGGAAGAUUGCACACCUCUCAAUGGAUUCAAGGACUUGGAGAUAAACUGAAUUGGUUCUGGUUGCUGUAUUAAUUUUUACACAUGUACUACACAUCUAAGAGUGAAUGCUAACUUCUUCCUUGAACCACAGACUAAGAUACCACUUUCUUUGAGACCGUUUGAAGCAGAGUUUAGUUACAAAGUGUUACAAAGAUCUGAAUAGUUUCAUAAUUGUAUUAAAUUAUGAUAUUAUCACAUGAUGAAUAUAGAGAAAUGGUUGUCAUGGACAUGCUUUUCGGUUAUAUCCUAUAAAGUUGAGAGAGAAAAAAGUGCAGCUUUAGUUGAGCCAGUUGAAUGAUAAACAUUGAACAUGAUACAAUAACAAACUAGUCAUACAUGUAAAGAACAGAUCACCAAAUAUGGAGUUCUAUUUUAUUCCUCAUUAAAGUAUGUGAGCUUGA